AACAAAAAAUCCCAGAGGUGGCGAUGAAACCGCAACAGCUCCAGCAGAUUAGCGGGUUGCCGCACGCAGCGGAAUCAUCAAGCCACUAUCAACAGCUGAUUCCUCCCUACCUUGGGCAGCAGAAUCAGAAGUCGGUCAAGUUCGACGAAGAGUCAGUUCAGUGGUGACGAUUACGACGGCGAGGCUGACGAGAUGGACGCCGUUCGUCUCACUAAGGCGAGGAUGACGAUUACGGCGGGAUGCUUCCUCCUCUGCUUUAAUUUUUUUUUUUCUCUCUCCGCUCUCUUUCUCUCAGUUUUUUCUCACUUAUUGCGGUUGGUUUCUCUGGAUCAGCUCUUUUUUGGUGAUGAUCGGAGUUCGAAGUGAUCGAGUGGAGAAUUUGAGAGUUUAUGGAUGCAAUCAGCCGGGGAAGAGCCAGAUCCGGUGGUUCUGUUUUGAUUUCAGAUGAUUUCUCCAUCUCUUUCUUCGUCAGAUAGUUUGUUCGUUUGAUUUUUUUUUUUUACUCCCAAAGGAACCCGUGAAUUGGUGGUCGAAUUCCAGCCACCACCGAGUAAGAUCGAGGAGAUGGACCACCCAGCUAACAGUCAUUUGGUUGCUGGUGCUCUGUUGACUGGCUCGAUUGGUUUCAUUGCGUUUCUGCAUCUGGGUUCUAGGACUAACAUGAAGAAUUAUCCUUUUGGAGACAGUCCAUGCUGGACAGAAGCUAGAAGAAAUCGGUCUUGGAACUCAAAUCCCUGCUCCCAUUUUAAGGAAAAUGCAACCUCCUCUAGUCUACCAGGAAGGUAGAUGGAGCAGCCAUUGAUGAAGUGUUGCAGAGCAUUCUGAGCUUCCUUUUACUCAGAAUGAACGAAGAAGAAGACUGGCUCCAAACGACGUCGAUUUGUCUAAGUGGUAAACUCCACAAGCCGGAUCAGCGUCGUAUGAAGAAGAAGGAAGUUGUUAGAUGUCGAUGUACAAUAAUAAGUCAUUUGGCGUCUUUCUAAUAGUUUCAGCUUAGUUACCGUUUGUAUUUAGUUGCUUUACUCUUUCCUUUGGUAAAGUAGGGUAGAUUCCUUUACAGCUCUUUGCUAAUGUAUAAGGACCGCAGAAAACGGAAUGAAGGCCAUCUUGGCAAAAUUUCCACAGCUCCCUUUGCA